CGACCGAGAUGCUCCGCUCCAUUGCUCGCCAGCCUACCAGGCUCAUCGCCGGCACCCGCGCCGCCCACAACCAGGUCUCGCGCGUCCCCGCCGCACCGCACACCCCGCCCUCGGUCGGCCCCGCACAGGCGCCCAACCGCACCACCACCUGGUCAAAGUCCCAGGCGGCUCGCACCGAGGCCAUGGUCGGCCCGCGCUUCGAGCAGACCAACGAGACGUUCCAGCCCCGGCCACUCGCCGCCAUCGAGCUCAUCCAGGACGAGCCCAUUCGCCUCGUCGAGGGCCGCACCGCCGCAUGCGACGGCGGUGGGGGCGCACUCGGCCACCCGCGCAUCUUUGUCAACCUCGACAAGCCCGGUUUUCACGCCUGCUCGUACUGCGGCAUUCGCUACGAGCGCGACCACUCGCACCACCACUAAGCCUCUAUCUCGACGUCGAGGCGGAUUGGGUGCGGCGCGAGUCGAUGGUGAAGAGGACGACGUUGGUUGGAGGCCGUGUAUGUGUGCUUCUCUGGAUUCCCGUUUCGCUGUUUCUUCUC